AUGAAGCACACAAAAUCCGAACCAUCGGAAAAGAAGAUCAUCCACUGGCAACAAGUGGCCGCUGCCACUAUUGCCAACCUGAGCACGCUGUGCGUGGGCUGCGCCAUGGGCUGGACGUCGCCCGUGCUGCCGGUGCUGCAGCUGCAGUACGCCGACGUGGACGGCGUGUGGUACUCCGGCGUGCCGCUCACCAAGACGGAGGGCGCCUGGAUGGGUGCUCUGCUGCCAGUCGGCGCUCUCAUCGGCUCCAUCCCUGCCGGCUUCAUCACGCACCGCUACGGCCGCAAGCUGCCUCUGCUCGCCUUCGGCCUCCUCCUCUUCGCCGGCUGGGUCAUGCUCGUCUUCUACGAGUCGCUGAUCCUGCUGAUGGUGGGGCGCUUCAUCUGUGGGCUGGCCGCGGCCGGUGUGACGACGAUAGCGCCGCUGUACGCCGAGGAGGUGGCGGCUGCCGAGAUCCGCGGGGCGCUGGGCACGCUGCUGGACCUGAUGCUGGCCGCCGGCCUGCUGGUGGUGUACGGCGUGGGCAUCGUGCUGCCGGUGCGCUGGCUCACCGUCACCAUGGCCGUGCUGCCGCUCGGCUUCUGCGCCGCCUUCAUGCUGAUGCCCGAGUCGCCCGAGUACCUGCACAACCGCAAGCGGCACGAGAAGGCGGUGCGAGCCGAGGCGUGGCUGCACCUGGAGCACAGCCCGCCCGCGCUGGCCUCCGUGCUGCUGGACAGCGCCGCCAUCAAGCAGAAGGACGGCCUACAGCUGCAGCAGUUGGACGACGAGCGCCUCAAGCAGCUGCACGCCCAGCGCGACCAGCCGAGGCCCGAGCCUGAGGUUCCGACCAAGCAGAAGCCGCCCACGCUGCGCGCCUGCUUCAUCGUCUUCCCGCUCAUGGCCUUCCAGCAGCUCAGUGGCGUCGACGCAAUCCUCUUCUAUACGGUUGACAUAUUCGCGGAGGCGGGCACCUCAAUCUCGCCGCAGAUAUCCACAGUGAUCACCGGCGCCGUCCAGUUGGUGGGCACCGGCGCCUCUGCCCUCCUCGUGGAGAACUUCGGGCGCCGCCCGCUGCUGAUCGCUUCCGGCGUGCUCAUGUCCGUGUCGCACCUGCUGCUGGCGGUGCACCAGAGCUGGCUCUGGUUGCACGAAGCAGCGGGCUGGCUGCCACUUGUCACCAUCAACGUCUUCCUCAUCGGCUUCGCCAUCGGCUUGGGUCCGCUACCCUGGCUGUUGAUCGCCGAGUUGCUACCCUCCGUCUCCAAGAAGUGGGCGGCGGGCGUCGCAGUUUGUAUCAGCUGGAUAGCGUGCAGCAUCAUGACCGGACUCUUCGACGGAUUCAUUGAGGAGUACGGCACGACGCCGGCGUACUCGCUGCUGGGCGGCAUUUGCAUCAUCUACACGGUCUUCUCCGCGGCGCUCGUGCCCGAGACUCGCGGCCUCCAGUCGCAGGAGAUCCAGCAGAAGCUGACGGACGCGGGAACGCCCAUCUGCUUCACCUGCUGCACUUCUGAGGACUCCGGUGAUGUCAUCUAGCGGUUCACCGCCCGCGAUCCGGUCGUGGACCCCAGCCUGCAACCAGAACCUGACUGAAACGGGUCUACCGUCACGCAGCCGGAAGCGGUUUAGAGGGGCAUGCACAUACCCCGCAGAAUGAGUUAAGCUGUCACUGAUGGCUACAAGCGCACUGCUGACAUUCGUCCACAUCUGCGAGUUUGAGUGGUAGAGAGAGACGCCAUCGACGCUGAUUCCUUUCACAGGGAGGAAAAUUAUUUCAACCUUUCCUCUGUGACGAGACACAUUUCGAGACAAGCAGGGGCGCUGGUCUAUUGUAAAAGAGACUCCUACACUGCACUUUUCCAAAUAAGCUGUCUGCCACGUAAAACUACGCAUGAACGAAGGUUCUGGACGAUUUUAUGCGCAGAACAUACAGAGUAAAGCUCACUUAACAAAGGAUACUACCAAUCUGUAGGUGAAUUAAAAGCGUGAAACCGGCAGCAGAGCCAGUGACUAAAGCUGUAUCCGACUCUGUAACUUAUAUCAGCGAACCAAGAGAAACUCCCAUCUGAUAGUAUCACCACGAGAUAAAUGCCACUAAUUCGCUCUUGAUCAACCUAUAUUAGUCUUCUUUGCACAUUUCAUUACAGAUUUAUGAGAAUGUUGCGACAUACAUUGUUUUCCUGUAGGCUAAGUGUUGACGCCUCCAGUUGGGAGGUCAUGCCUUAGUCCGGUGCUUCAUUCUUGUCGUUAUUGUUUUUAUUGUGUGCAUUCACAAUGAAGACUGGUUUGAUGCAGCUUUCCACGCUAGUCUGUCCUUUGCAGCCUCUUCAUCUUCUGGCAUUCGAACCUCCUUACUAUAGUCAAGCGUUGGAGCCCAGUACAAUUGCACCCUCCACACUUCCUCCCAUUACCAAAUAUUUCUUCGUUUUGCAGAAUGAGUCCUAUCAAUUUUUAAUCAAUAGGUGCCAUAAAUAUUUUGUCUCUUCUGUUCGAUUUAAUACAUCCUAAUUGGGUAUUAACUCAACCUAACUGAUCAUUCUUUUGUUGCACCACGUUUCAAAAGCUGUUAUUCUCCUCACUGUCUGAACAGUUUAAUGUUCCAUUUCACUUCGCUACAGGGCUACAGUCUCAAGACACACCUUCAUCCUCAUUCAUUUACAUUAUUCCACUUAUUAUUUAAGGUGGAUGCUGGGACUAUUCCUUCAACACGGCCAAUGUUGAUUUCCUGUACUGUGGUUGCCCAAGUGACCUAGUGUUAGGAUGUCUGCCCCACAGAAAUGCUCUGGCUUCUCUAGGAAGAACAUGGAUCUGAAAACUGGGCUGCUUGAUCGGUAGUGAGGCACAGUUUUGAAGUAAUAAGCGACUACACAGUGACACUGCUGCCGCAUAAGCUACACGAUCCCCUUGCAUCAGUGUACAGUAUCACGACACAUUUAAGCAAACACGCAGGACUGGAAUCUCAUUCUGUUGUAGCUCACAUUCACUGAAAUGAUAUUAUAU